AUGAAAUCUCUAUAUCAAAUGAAUCACAUUGGACAUCCCUUUAUGUACCCCAAAAUGGAUAUUACUAAAAUGAAUAAAACAAAUAAUCAGAACAUCCCAAAUAAGGCACAUAAUCCAAACAAUUCUUCUAAUAUGAAUACUACUAAAAAAUCAUAUGGAACUAGUUUAAAUUAUAUCAAAAAAGAAAAUUCAUCUAAGAACUCAAUAUAUAAUAAUUAUGAAUAUUUAGAUGCUAGCCAUUUGGAAAUGUUAGACUUGAAUAAAAACAUUAAGAAUAUUUUGCCAAAACCAAUGAAACCAUCCUUAGAUUUAGAAAGUUUAUGUAAAGAAACUACUUCUACUAUGAAAAAAAGUAAAAUGCAUUGUAUGAAAAGUGGAGAAAACCAAAAUAAAAAUGUAAAACACUUUUAUGAAAUGGGAACACCUCAAAUUAUAGGUACAUAUAUUCAACCGUUACAUCAUAAUACAAAUAGUUUUAACCAAAACAAUUUUCCAAAAAAUCAUAUGUUUCCUUUACUACCUUCUUCGCCUUUUUUUCAACCUCCUAAUUUCCGUACAAAUUUAACACAAGCAAGUAGCACAUUUAUUCCCUUACCACAUGCAAAUAAAAGUACUAACAUAUAUGGUAUGCCAUCUUAUCUUAUUCCAGAAAAUAAACCUCAAAACUUGACCGUUACUGUGGUCCCUAAUAAAGAUAAAGAUUCUAUAGAAAAGGAAGCAAAACAUUUAAAGGCCUUAUUAGAUAGUUCAUCUAAAGGUAUUGUAAAUUCUACACCAGAUUAUCAAAAAAUACAACCUUCUACUUUAUCAAACUACAAUGACAAGGAAAGUGACUUUAGUUUUGGAAAAAAUGAUAAUUAUGAGCAUGCUGAAUAUUCUGAACAAAACUGUAAUGACGAAAAUGAUACAGAAAAUAAUUACAACUCUUUUGUUAAUGAAUUUUAUGAUCCACAUAAUAGCAUCUCAUAUAAUAAUGUGAAUGAAUUUUUAAAGAAUUCGAAUCAGAAAAAUCAACAACAUGCUUUUCGUUUAGAAUCCAAUGAAGAAGUAGCUCGAAAAGUACAUAAAGAAUUCACUUAUCCAAAGGGAACUAGCUUAAACAAGAUUAAUAUAUUAAAUCAGAACUAUAAAGAAGAAGGAGAGCAACAACAAGAAAAUGAAACGAAAAAUAAUAUGAACAUGCAAGAAAGGGAUGAAGAAAGACAAACAAUGAAAAAGGAUUCCUCAAUACCUAAAAGAACACAACUAUCCAAAAAAAAAGAACAUAAUAAUAAUAAUAUCGUAUUAAAAAAACAUGAACCAUCAACUUGUUUUAAAAAUCCUAAAACAUACAUUAAUAUACGAUUAGGUAAACCCAAAAAGUUGUAUAUUACUAAUAGUUCAGAUCCUAUUGAUAAAAAAUUAAGUGAGUGGCAUAAUACACAUAAUAGUCAGAUAGGAUGGAAAAAAUACAGAAGAGGUGUUUAUACUUUUGGAAAAACCGAAGUUAUUUUAAGUUUGGUUCACGAUAAAAUUAUAGUUAAAAAAAUUAAUGGAAAACAUAUUAAGGAUAAUCUAUUAACUGUUGAGAAAUUUGUCUCAUUAAAUGAGUUAUAUGAAAUUCAACAGGAAGAAAAUGAUAAUAUGUUAAAAAAAAGGGGAGUUAAAUUCUUUAAUUUUUAA